ACACGGCAACCACGAAUUGGCGACGGGAGAGACGAGGCAGAGGGAGAGAGGAGAGAGAGCCCAGUCCAGCACGACAGAACACAUCGUACGCACACACAUUUUACUCCUUCAGAGAACGAGAGAAGGGGAGUGGAGGGAGGAGGGCUUUCUCCGUUUCGUUACAGCAACAGCGUCGGGGCCUGGCUUGUUCCUGCUACUGCUGCUGCUGAAGCCAUCCACCUCCUCUCCACGUAUAUGGUGGGACCGAGGCGGUGGUGUUGGAGGUGUUAGGGGGCACGCACAGGAGGGGAGCCGUCGGCUCGUUACCAAACAGCGGCGACCUCCGGCACGAUUGAUUUGCAGGUGAUUUACGAUCCGACACCGUUCACACUCCACACUGUACGUGCACCCCUAGCGUGGAGCUGCUGCUGCUGCUGCUGCGUCCGCCUUAGAGUCCCGCCGGGAGCGAGCGAGUCGGCGGGAGGAGCCACCGAGCGCGGCCACGUGGGGAGCAACUCGCCGCUCACUACGCCACGCGCCACUGCGACAAAGUCCCGGGGACGUCCUCUCUGCGCCGCGCGCCAUGGAGCGCCGCACCACCGCCAAGCAGCUGUACGAGCAACGCAAGAACUAUGCUCGCUCCAGCAACAUCAAGGCCGAAACGGCACAGUACCACGUGGAGCACCUCUCGACCUUUGAGAUGGACCGCAAGGAGGGCCUCGUGAACCUGGAGGACGGCAUCCGCCGCCUGCGUCUGCUGGACUCGACAGGAAAGAUCUGGACGCAGGACAUGCUGCUCCAGGUGGACGAGCGCUCCGUGUCGCUCGUGGACAUUGAGAGCAAGGAGGAGCUGGAGAACUUCACGCUCGUCUCCAUCAUGUCGUGUCAAGCGGUGCUCACGGAGCCCAACUACAGCUCCAUCCUGGCGCUCACGUGCACCGACGUGGGCCAGGCCAGGCCAGACCUGCACCUCUUCCACUGCGUCGAGGUUGGGGCUGAACUGAUCAAGAACGACAUCGACAGCGCCAUCGCCGACAGCAAGGACGGUCGCAAGAACCGGCGGCCCGAGACCCUGAGGUUCAACCAGGAGCGCAUGAGGAUGAGUCCGUCGCCGCGCCGGGAGCGGCGAGCAUCUACUCGGAGAGCCACUCACCAGCUUCCAACCGCAGCCGCACGCCCAACGACUCGAGCACACUGGACAGAGAUUCGGACCGCUUCAGCGUCUACUCGCAGAUCUGAUGAGACUCCGGAGAUGAUGGCCAAGAGGGUGGACAGAGAUGUGGACGCGCAGGCAGAGAGCAGGGCCUACGAGCAGAUGGCCCUGCUGGUGUCAAACUUCUCCUUCUCCUGGAGCCGAUGGAAUGCGACCAGGGGUGCUCACCAGCUCGUCAUGCAGGUGACACUGCGCGAGGGCGAGGAGGCCGCCGGCGGCGACGCCUGGGGCCUGCUGCUGGUGACGGCCGAGCGGUCGUGCCGGCUGCGGAUGUCCGAGUCGGCUCCGGCCUUCACCGACGAGCUUCCCGAUGGCGCCGAGCUUCACUCGACGCUGUGCCACGCGCUGCUGGCCGCGCGCGACUCCACUCCCGCGGAAAUGCGAGCCGCCGCCACGGCCACGCCGGCGCUGACGUCCACCCUGCGCCAGCUGCUUGCCUCCACCAGGGUCCUCUCCUACUGCUAG